UUGGCUGAGAGUGAAAACAAGCACAGGGAAGAGGUGGAGGCCAUCAGAGCUCAACUAGAGAAGGAGACGGAGGUGGAAGGUGGGGAGAGUAGUGAGAGGGAGGGUAGUCUGAUUCCUCGACUGAGCCCCCAGCUGAGUCCCCGUGGCCAGAAAGAACUGAGACUCCAGCGAGAGAGACUGUCACGACAACACAGGAGUGAACUGAAGGCACAGGAACAGAAGCUGCGCGGCGAAUUUGCCCUCCAGAGUGAGGCACUGCAGUCGAGGCUCGAGGAAGAGUUUACUGCCAAACUAGCUGAGGCCGUGACCGACUCAGCACUGAACAAUGCAGCACAGGUAGAGGAGAUAAGUCGGGAAUUGAGACUGGAGAAGCAGAGGGCUGUGGAGGAGCUGGAGAGGGAGCAAGAGGAGAGACACAGGCAAGAAAUGGCCAGGCUUUCCCAGGAACGCCAAGAGGCAGUGGAAGCUUGUAAGGUGGAGUUAGAGUCUGCUAGAGCCGAGUACCAGGGAAGGAUAUCAGCUCUUGAAGAAGCUAUUGGUAGCGAGAAUGAAAAAGAGACGCAGUCCGAGGUAGAUAAGGGAGAGGAGUGGAAGGAGAGAGAAGAAACACUGCUGGGUGAGAUGGAGGCAAAGUACUUGGAGCAAGUCGAGGAGAUUCGGCAAGAGUGUACCAGAGACAAGGAGGCUGCUCUGGAAACUCUAAGAAGGCUCUGGAAGGAGGACUACAGACUGAGCUGA